GGAGGAGCAGAGUGGACCAGAAAGCCGGGAAUUACACGCAGCAUCGUUCAGUUCUCGGUUUUUUUUCGUGCCUGGAAGCGGUUCAGGAUGCGGCGGGCGACCGACGCGCGUUUCGCCUAGGGCGGCCUGAUCGCUUCUGCUUGGGAGCUGUUCCCUCAUACAAUUACAUGUGUCGUUGCAACCGAAAACAUAAAUAGGAGACUGCAGACUCGCUGCGCACAUAUCCAUCGCUUCACGUCUCUAGGACUCGGGUCGCGCUUCAGAAACCCCUUGAUCAGGCCGGCGGAAGGAGCUCUACAGAUAGAAGCAGAAAGAAUCAUCGUGAGCUGGGAAUCGAUGGAAUUUCUCAGAGAUUGUCCCGAUGGGGUCGAAGCCGAGUAGGAGGGUGGUGAACCUAUCCUGACGAGUGGUCGCAGCUCCACGUUUUUGCUGCGCGACGCUCCAUUGAUGGAGCUGUUCAGACGAAAAACCGCACUGCCUUCUCGGCCUCAGCCGCCACCUUUCGAGCAGAUCGAGGAAGAUUUGGCUUGUUCCCCUGCGGACGUCGUGUUCUCGUUGCAACCGGAUUGCAUCUCAUUCUCCGCGUCGCCGGGUCUUCCUCCCGAUCGGGGAAACCAAUCAAAAGAGGAUCAGGAACCCGAAGAGUGCUACCAAAAAGUGAAGCAAUUCAUCGAGAUGAAUGAUCGAGUCGCUGGUUUCGCUGAGGUACUACAGAAGAAGACAGACCAGCUGCAGAGUAUGCGUCAGGAGUUAGACACAGAGAUGGAACGAGUGAAGAGAUCUCUCCAGCAAUUGCCUUGAACUCCGAGCCUUGCGACGAUUUCUGCGACCCUCAAACGUCACUACCGCCUGAUCCCUGAUGUACUCACGGACGAAUCGUCCCAAUCGAGUCCCUCUCCACAGUCAGCACCGCUGAUAGAGCCAAAGUACUACACUCUGACAAACCUGAGCUAGACAAGUCGCUUCGAACGCCGACCUUACUCCGAAGUCGGUCUGGGAAAAUACCUCGAGCCAUGUUGAACCCUAGUGAAUAAAUUCUAUCACGUUGAGGAAAA